AUAGUAAAAUCCUCUUUGCACAAGCACCAAUUGCUGCAUGUGAAGUAUAGCAAAUUGAACUCCAUUUAAAAAUGUUGUAAGCGACGAUAGUGGAAUUAGUCGCUAUUUAAAUAAUCGCUGAGCAGUGGAAGCGUUCUAAAUUGCGAGUGAUCGUGGUGUACUAUGAGAGCGCAGAAUGAGACACAGAUAAUGCCAUAUACGUUUUUAACAUUGCACACGGUAAAAUGGAUGCAGUAUCCUCGAUCUCCUUGAUAUUGGCUGCUUUGUUCAUGUACAAUGCAGUCGGCGCUAUUGGUGCAAAUCAACUUGGUUGCAUUUCGGUCUACAGUCCAAGGAAUGCCACAACACAAUCGCUGGAAAGAAUCCAUAAGGCGCCAGUUACAACUCGCACUUGGCAAGAGCACGAAUUCUCACUACUUGGCUACAAAUUCUAUUUGCCCUUUGUGGGCCACGCAGUUGAUCAACUGGAUGAGAGUGAUGAUAGUCUCGAUGACGGCUGGUUCCUAGAUAAUGGCGCCCAGCUAUAUGCCAGAGAUGAGGAGGAGGAUGAACGGCCGCUGAAUGAAGUUGGUGUUGCUGUUGGGCAAGUGGAUCCAUCCGGCAACAUAUUAAAACUACGCUGUCAGAAUACAACCAUAACAGAGAUUAAUGCCCAGCUGCAGUUGCAGCAGAUUCAUCAAAAUAUCAACUAUGAGCAAUUGAUACUGAAGCAUGUGGCAGGGCAACCAGGAGCAUCACUUCAAUUGCUGCAUCAGUACGCCAGCUUACGUCAGCUUAAAUGGCGAGAGAGUGAGCUGCUCGAUGAGGCAUUGCGGUUGCUUUUCGAGCAGCAUCCGCAGCGCUAUGAGACGCUCGAAACACUGGACGUGAGUGAGAAUCGGUUGAACUGCACUCACUGGGCGCAGUCGCAAGCGAUUCGCCGCCUUAAGGUACUCCGGUUGACUGGAAAUCGCUUGGCCAACUGCAGUCUGGCCGAGAUACGGUAUAUGAAUCAUCUGAUGGAACUGCAUCUGGAUCGCAAUGCACUACGUACGCUGCCCACAAGCUUUGUGCAUGAGCUGAGCGAGCUUCGGCUGCUGAAUUUAAGCGAUAAUGAGCUAAUGGAACUGCCACGCAACAUUUUCGAGGGUGCACUACAGCUGGAAAUGUUGCAUCUGGCCGGCAAUCGUCUGAGCGUCUUGCCCUUCCAGCUGUUCCAGUCGGCCCGCGAGCUGCGAUUCCUCGAUCUCAGCAAUAAUCGCCUGCUCUCGUUUCCGGAUAAUUUCUUUGCACUGAAUGGUCAGCUGCGUCAGCUGCAACUGCAGAAUAAUCAGCUAAAGUCCAUUGGCAAACAUAGUUUAUAUAAUUUACGCCAGUUGCGUCAUCUGGAUUUGGCACAGAAUGAGUUGGGUAGCAUCGAUCGUCGGGCCUUCGAGUCGCUGUCACACCUCAUUACUCUGAACAUUUCGGGCAAUAGGCUAACGAUGCUGUCGUCCAUCAUAUUCCAGCCACUUGGCGCACUCCAGCAACUGGAUCUGAGCCGAAAUCGGUUCAAACAAUUGCCCGACGGCCUGUUUCAGACGCAACGCAACUUGGUCUUGCUGCGCAUUGAUGAGACGCCGCUGGAGCAGCUACCCAAUUGGAUAUCCCGCAACGAAGAUCAUAUUGAUGGACAGAUUCUACAUCGUUUGCGCUACCUAUCCAUGCAAAAGAAUUUGCAACUUACUCAGCUGCCCGCAACCAUGUUCGGCAAUGUGCACAAUUUGCGUGAGCUUCUCUUGGCCGAUAAUAAACUGAUCAAAUUGCCGCCACAGAUUGGCAGCCUGGUACGUCUGCAGCGGCUCAGUGUGAGCGGCAAUGAGCUCGGCUCACUGCCCGAGAGCUUGAAGGAACUGAGCCAGUUGCACUACCUAAACAUUCUAGGCAAUGAGUAUCAAUGCGAUUGCAGCAUGUAUUGGCUCUCCAGCUGGCUGAUGAACGCAACGACUGCGUUGCGCCGCGAGAUCACAACUAGCAACAGUCAGACUCUGGACGCUUACGAGCACAUCGACAAUCAGAUUAAAGCACUCAAGUGCCAAUACGGCUAUCCGGGGGAUAUGCUAAGUGUGCUGAGCAACCUCAAUUGCAGUGUGCCCGUCGUGAUGCAGUCCUCGGAUCCAAAGAUGUACAGAUUGCACGCCACUGCCAAGCUCGAGUGCAUGGUCUACGGCAGCCCCACACCCGACAUAAUUUGGGUAACUCCACGUAACAAAAUUCUGCGCCAUCAUGCUGAUCCCGACAAACGCCCCAUCAUAAUCAAUAGCGAUACUGAGCAUCAGCCCAACAAGUUUGAACUGUUCGCCCUGACGGAUGACAACAAUCCGCGUGCGCUGCACAUGAACAUAAGUCGACAGAAGAGCAUUGUGGGACAGCGUGUGGUGCUCAUCGAGAAUGGUUCGCUGCUGGUGCACAACAUCUCGCGUGGAGACAGCGGUCUCUACACCUGCUAUGCCUUUAACGUUAUGGGCAAUGCAUCGGCGGGCAUCAGACUUUACAUCGAUCCAAUUGUAUUUUAUCGUGUCAAAAUCGAGAGUCUGCUGGCGGGCACCCUGCUAGCUACUGCAUUUUUGAUGCUCACCCUCAUUGUACAGGGAUUGCGCAGCUGUUUGGCAAGAUAUAGUUGCUGCGAGCGUUUGCACUGUUGCCGGAAUCGCAACAAGAAGUCCCCAAGAUCGCGACAGAUUUACGCAAUGCUCGAUAGCAUCGAAAGCUACAAGAGUCAGCAGUUGGAGCGAUUGCGAGAGAAUUAUGCACAGCAGGUGCAUCGCAUACGUGAGAAUUGUACGCAACAAUGCGAAUGGAUACAGAGCAGCUACACAACACAGGCUAAACACAUUAAGGAGUUCCGUGACAUAGGUUCCACUCAUCUGACAGCACUAAAGGAUCAAUAUUAUGAUCAGGUGAAGAAGGUGCGCGACUAUUCCACAGGCCAACUGAGCUGGGUGCGCGAAAACUAUGUCUUCCAGCGCAACAAAAUACGGAAAUUCAGUGCGCAUCAAGUUUUGCGAUUGCGCGAAGGCUAUAAAUACCAGCAGCAGUCGUUGAAUAAGGUUCUGGAAAAUUUGCCUAGUUUCUACUUUGAGAACUGUCGCGGUCGCUGCGAGGAGGACAUUGUUGAGGACAUAGACUGCUAUUUCAAGGGCAAAAUGGAGAAGGAGCUGCACAUACAGAAGAUAAAAUCACGUCUGAUGGCUGCCAACAAUUCGGCUAGCAAGGCUUCCGUUUACUAUACGCCACCAGAGGAUGAUCUGUUUCAAUGCUCCCAUUUGCAUAUGCAAACAUCGCCCAUACAUAUUAACUAUAUAGACGAAAAUUUAGAUCAUCAGAAGCUCGAAUUGCACGACUUUAAAAUGGAUCCACAACUGCUUUUUUUUAGCAAAUCCCUAGUAUAUGUGAACCCAGAGGGGGCGAGCAGCAGUCAGGCUGCUGCCGCGGCAGCUUUAGCUGCAUGCAGCAUCGAGGAUAAUAAUCAGAAUGCGCAGCUAUCGGAGGAGCAAAUAGUCAGUCAAAUGGAGAUGAAUGAACUGAAGGAUGCGAAUGAUGUGAAAAAUUCCAAAUCGUGUCCUGCUAUCUAUAAGGUAUCCAAGCAAAAAGAUGGUAGCACUCUGCAUGAACUUCUAACCACAGACGGAGCGCCACAUCAGAUGGUGCAUCUGAAUGCGAUGGAUGAUACGCCAAUGACGCCGCUGCAAGUGCCCAAGGAGAAGCUUAACAUCAUUUUAGAUGACUGCGGCAAAGAUCAUCAUCAUCAUUAUCCAGAGAUGAAGACAGAAGUAGACAAGGAUUCCAAUAUGACGCCAUCGGAAUACAGUAGCUGUCAAUCAUCCAAUUCACUGGCUAAUUCAAAGCUUGCAAAUCACACGUAGAGAUUUUAUUAAUUUUAAACUAUGUAAUUAGAGCAAAAAAAAAAAAACAUAAAAUGCAGCUAAAACUAAAACACAUCAAAUUGAAGUUAAUGUUGAAAAUGUGUAAAAUGAAAAGGCAUCAAACAAUAAUUACGUAUAGAGUUAAUUAGUGCAACUUUAAGAAUUUAACUGCUGAAUAUCAAAUGGAAAAAAGGAAAAAAAAAUUAUAUAUAUAUCAAUAAAUUUAAAACAAGAAGUCAUACGAUUUAAAUGAUAGUGAAACAAAUUGAAAACCUGAAAUAUGCUGCUUUUGAAGGUAUCAUUAAUUAUGUCAAUAAUACUUGAAAGGCCCCCCAUUUGUGAUUGCAAAUAUAAUAAUAAUAAAGCGAUUUAUUUAUAGACAACGCAUCAAAUCUGCAUAAAUAAAGACGAGCGUAUUUUAAACAAAAACAAAU